CCUCUCUGUAAAACCAUGGCCCAUCGGCUGCGGUUUCAUUUUGGCUCUGGGCGAAGCAACACAGCCCCCGAAUCCGAGAUCCUUGACCGGGACAGAGAAGAUGACUUUUUCAUGGCAUUCCACACUUUGCCGAGAAGAAGCAGUCCUCACUCUUCCUCCCGACACGGAGCAGAUUGCGGCGGUGGCAGCGAUUUCCAAGAAGUGGGCUCCUUAAAGAGGAGCACCUCCAUGUUUAUUCCCCAGCUGCUGAACAGCAUCAACGCGCGUCCCACGAGAAGCUCCUCGAUGCAGAUCUCUCUCCAGCGCAAGGCUGCAGAUGAGUGCGCGACCCCGGAGACCCCCGAGGAGACACCCCCGGGUAAAGCCUCGGAUGUUAGGGAGCAUUAUGCGUCCCCUGUUGAAAACCAUUCAUCCUCUCGGAGCAGCCCCGAGGUGACUCCUGAGGAUUCUCCACCCAGGCAGACGGAAGAGUUGGGGCAGCAGAUGAAUGGAACUCUUCGCUGUAACCGUAGGAUAUUCCGUACUAUUCCUCCCAAUAACCAGAGCGACGAUGCUCUGUCCACCGCCCACGAGGACGGGGCAAAGGAAACAGCUUCAGGUUUGAACAUCAGUGGUGUGAGGAUUCAGCAUCGUGCUUCAAGCGCGGAUGUGCCUCAGGUUACUCUGUUGCCCUUUGGUUCUGAGGCUCAAAAUAAUGCUCCCGCUCCUGAGCCCCGGCGCUGGUCUCUGCAGCAUGUGCCAGACAUGUCAGCAAAUUCGGGGAAAAAGUUCUUUGUUCUCCAGUUACAGCAGCCGCAGGCAAGUGGUACAGGUGGUGAGUAUAACUUCGGCUUUACUGGGACAAAAGGGGACAGAUUGGUCAGGUACCCGCGCAUACAGCUGGAGAGGAGUGCCUCCUACCCCGUCCAACCACGGCCAGAGGAAAUCAGCCCCGCGGGUGAUGGACUGAGUUCAGAACUGCACGGAAACAGCAGGAGCGGGUCAGAAAUAUCCAGAAGCAAUUCAGUAGAGAAGAUUCCUCAAGGGAAGGGAUGCUUGUUUAAAAUCAGACCAGAUCAAAACACGAGGCAGCAGCACUUCCGAAUCCUUGUCACCCGUAAUCCUGAGGAACAAGGUCCGGUUGUUGGUAAAGAGUGUCGUGGCACCCCUGGUCCUACGACAGCCAGCACCGCGACUAGAGACGACUUCCUGGGUCAGGUGGAUGUGCCUCUUAACCACCUUCCGACUGAAGACCCAACCAUGGAAAGGCCGUACACCUUUAAGGAUUUCCUUCUCAGACCAAGGAGCCACAAGUCGCGUGUGAAGGGUUUCUUGAGACUGAAGAUGGCUUACAUGCCUAAAAACGGUGGCCAAGAGGAAGAAAAUAGCGAUCUAAGGGAUGAGUCUGAGCAUGGAUGGGAUGUGGUUGAUUCCAGCGACUCUGUGUCUCAGCGUCAGGAGGAGUUACCACCUCCUCCACUGCCUCCUGGGUGGGAAGAAAAGGUUGACAACCUAGGGCGGACUUACUAUGUCAACCACAACAACAGAACUACGCAAUGGCACCGACCAAGUUUAAUUGAUGUGGGAUCUGAUUCAGAUAACAACAUCAGACAAAUAAACCAUGAAGCAGCCCAUAGGCGGUUUCGCUCUCGAAGACAUAUUAGUGAGGAUUUGGAACCGGAACCUAUGGAGUUUGGAGACAUUCCUGAGCCUUGGGAAGCCAUUUCAGAGGAGGCGAGUGCAAGUGGGGAUUCAUUAAGCUUUUCAUUGCCACCACCUCCUGCAUCUCCUAUAUCCCGUACCAGUCCUCAGGAUCUAUCUGAGGAACUGAGCAGAAGACUUCAGAUCACUCCUGAUUCUAAUGGGGAACAGCUGAGUUCUUUGAUGCAAAGAGAUCCUUCCUCAAGAUUGAGAUCUUGCAGUGUAACAGAUACGGUCGCUGAACAGUCUCAAUUAUCUCUGGAAUAUGCUGCAUAUCAACCCACACACAGAAAAGAUGACUCAAAUUUACUGGUGCAGAGUGGCCCAUCUAGGAGAGCUCGUUCUUCAACUGUCACAGGUGGUGAGGAACCAACGCCCUCAGUGGCCUAUGUCCACACUACGCCGGGCUUACCUUCAGGCUGGGAAGAAAGAAAGGAUGCAAAGGGCCGUACUUACUACGUCAACCACAACAAUCGAACCACAACCUGGACACGGCCCAUUAUGCAGCUUGCAGAAGAUGGCAUGGCUGGGUCUGCUGCCAGCAGCAGCAGCAACCAUCUAAGUGAGCCCCAGAUCAGACGGCCCCGCAGCCUCAGUUCGCCCACAGUCACCUUAUCUGCUCCACUCGAGGGUAUGAAGGACUCCCCGGUGCGCAGAGCUGUGAAGGACACCCUUUCCAACCCACAGUCUCCACAGCCCUCGCCCUACAACUCUCCUAAACCGCAGCACAAAGCUGCACAGAGCUUCCUCCCUCCUGGCUGGGAGAUGCGGAUUGCACCCAACGGCAGGCCCUUCUUCAUCGAUCACAACACUAAAACUACUACCUGGGAAGAUCCACGACUGAAAUUUCCAGUGCAUUUGAGAACAAAAGCUGCUUUGAAUCCCAACGAUUUGGGACCUCUUCCUCCUGGUUGGGAGGAAAGAAUACAUUUGGAUGGAAGAACGUUUUAUAUUGAUCAUAGAAGCCAGGUGUUGAUUUGUGGAGACAUUGAUACCAGAGACUUAGUGCCCUCCUACGAUAAUAAAAUUACCCAGUGGGAAGACCCCAGACUGCAGAACCCAGCAAUUACUGGUCCUGCGGUUCCGUAUUCUAGGGAGUUCAAACAGAAAUAUGACUAUUUUCGGAAGAAGUUAAAGAAACCCGCUGAUAUACCGAACAGAUUUGAGAUGAAGCUACACAGAAAUAAUAUUUUUGAGGAGUCCUACAGAAGAAUCAUGUCUGUGAAAAGACCCGAUGUCCUGAAGGCCAGGCUCUGGAUUGAAUUUGAGUCCGAAAAAGGACUUGAUUACGGAGGUGUGGCCAGAGAGUGGUUUUUUCUCUUGUCCAAGGAGAUGUUCAACCCAUAUUAUGGUCUUUUUGAAUAUUCAGCAACGGACAACUACACGCUUCAGAUUAAUCCUAAUUCGGGUCUUUGUAAUGAAGAUCAUCUUUCGUACUUCACGUUUAUUGGACGAGUGGCUGGCCUGGCAGUGUAUCAUGGGAAGCUAUUGGAUGGCUUCUUCAUCAGACCUUUCUACAAGAUGAUGCUGGGGAAGCCAAUAACUUUGAAAGACAUGGAAUCAGUGGACAGCGAAUACUACAACUCUUUGAAGUGGAUCCUGGAAAAUGACCCUACAGAGCUGGAUCUCAUGUUUUGCAUAGAUGAGGAAAACUUUGGACAGACUUACCAAGUCGACCUGAAGCCACAUGGGUCAGAAAUCAUGGUAACAAAUGAAAACAAAAGGGAAUACAUUGACCUGGUCAUCCAGUGGAGGUUUGUAAACAGAGUUCAAAAACAAAUGAAUGCUUUUUUGGAGGGGUUCACAGAACUUCUUCCUAUUGAUCUGAUUAAAAUUUUUGAUGAAAAUGAACUAGAGUUACUGAUGUGUGGCCUUGGCGAUGUCGACGUUAAUGACUGGAGACAACACACAAUCUACAAAAACGGCUACUGCCCAAAUCAUCCCGUUAUCCAGUGGUUCUGGAAGGCUGUUUUACUGAUGGAUGCAGAAAAACGCAUUCGAUUACUGCAGUUUGUGACUGGGACGUCACGAGUGCCUAUGAACGGAUUUGCUGAACUUUAUGGUUCAAAUGGUCCUCAGCUGUUUACAAUAGAGCAAUGGGGAACUCCUGAUAAACUGCCCAGAGCUCACACUUGCUUUAAUCGCUUAGACUUACCUCUUUAUGAAUCCUUUGAAGACCUGCGAGAGAAGCUACUUAUGGCAGUUGAAAAUGCUCAAGGAUUUGAAGGAGUGGAUUAGGGUGAUUCUUCCCACGUUCUAGCGUGUUCUGCUGCGCUCUCACAUUUCCACGAUGGACUUUGAGUGACCGUGGCAGAACCGUUGCACGACGUUGGUUCUUGGAGCAAACUCUUCGACAGUGCAGUGGCCUAAAUGCAGAAUUUUGAACUUUAAUCUGGGGAUUGCUUUUUUGAUGUUUCCACAGCCAGUUACCGUGAGGUUAUAUGUAUUCUGACUACAUUUCAGCAGUACUUACUGUAUUUAUGUUGUGCCUCUGUAGGCUGAGCCCUUAAUAAAAAUUUUACAUAAUUUCUAAUGACAGUGAAUGGAAUUAAUCAUUUUACAGGGAUAGUAUUACAACUCGUGUUUACUUUUUAAUUGACUUAGACAUUUUCAGAUUGUCUUUCAUUGCAAUUAAAUUUCAUGUAUUUGGGGAAAAAAGUGAGCAUUUUUCUUAAUUUCGUAGCAGACUUGAUGCCAGUGUCAUUUUUUUCAAGCUUGUUUUGAGCCUUGUGUUUCCAAACCAUUAGGAAAAUAGGAGACAGCUAUGUUGGAAUUUUUCUCUAUAUUGGCUAUAUCAAGAUCACAUAAAUAUUUUUCUGUAUCCAGAAGAGAUGUGGAUCUGUGUUGCGUUUUUGUAUAAAUAAUAGUUACAAGUCAAGAGAGAAUCAUAACAUAGCAUGCCAAAUCUCAUGUUCAAUAAAGAAUUGCCUCAUUAUUCCUUGGUAAUAUUUACAUGUAGUGAAGAACAUUUUGGGGUAGGGUUGGCAUUAAUCAUUUAGGAAAAUAUGCUUAACCCUCUCAUUAUCUUUGUAUAGUGGUUCUUUUAUUAUCUUUUCCUCUUUACUGUGUGCAAUGGAGGCAUUUUGAAAGAAACCUGGCACUGUGUGAUUUGGCACUAUGGAAAACAGAUCUGUUUUGUCUCCUAUUUGUAUGCGUUUGCUAAUGAUAUCUAAACAACGAUAUUUUUUUUGUUCCUAACUGCACCAACUCUAAAGGCACUUUAUGUAAUACAUUGAAGUCAUAUCUGUUUUUUUUUAUCAUAAACAUUAAUGUGAUUAUGUUCCUUCUCAGUGCACAUGUCUUUCUGGUGCAAUAUCUAUCAAUUGUGAGUUUGGCUGCUGCUGAUGUAUUAAAAAAAAGUAGAGCUGAGCCUGCAGACAUGUUCCUCAGCAAUUGUUUUUGUGAUUUAUUUUUUACUUAAUCACAAAGAUUUAUUUAAUAUACUCUGCUAUCUAUCUAA